ACUUUGCCACAAGGAAAAGUAAAGCGAAGUCAAUCUUUGUUUACUCUUUUAUUUUUAAUUUGUAAUACCGAGUAAUAAUUUGUUAAACGCAAUGUCUCAUCAAGAAGACAAGUUCCAGCGAUAUGCUACAGAGUACGAUCCAGUCAAAAUAGGUUCAAUCGAUGGUACGGAUACAACACCGCACGACCGCGCCAUCCUUCGCGCGCUACAUUCAGAAUACGCGCCCAACAAAUCUGUGCGAGGGGACCCGCGGCACACCGUGUUCGUGGCACGGCUGCAUCCCAGAACGACCCAGGAUACUCUCCUAUCGGAAUUCUCCGACUGCGGUAAAAUCCUACGCUGUCGUCUCGUCAAGGACAUAGUGACCGGGAAAUCCAAGCAGUACGCCCUCAUAGAGUUCGAACGGAGCUCCGACGUCGACACCGCUCUCCAGAAACAUAAAGAAUACAUCGAUAACACAGAAGUUAUCGUGGAAAGGGAGGUGGGAAGAGUUAUGAAAGGUUGGAAGCCUAGGAGACUAGGGGGAGGGUUUGGAGGGAAUAAGAACUCUGGACAGCUCAGGUUUGGAUGUAGGGAUAGGCCUUUUAAGAGGCCUAUUAAGGUUGGAGAGGAGAGGAGAGAUUGAAGAGGAUUAAGGCCGAAGAACAAGUGGACCUCUCGCUCGUUUCUUCCCAGAACCUACAGAAUAUGGAAUGAAUAGGGAGUUCUUUAAGACGCGGGUAUUCAAGAGUUCUCGAGGGUUGGUAACGCAUAAGUGGCUCCUCCGAUGUUGUUUGUGUUCAUGAGCGGACGGCUCGCCUACUCGGUUGCUGGCUACGUACAAAAAUAGGGCUUUCCAGAGAGUUACGACUUGGAUGUUUGCUUUCGUCUUUCAGGCCUAACUACACUACUAAAAUGAUACCGUGAGCACAGAGCCCCAUUGUCCCCGUUCGGUGAAUAAAGCACGGAUCUCAGUUGCGUUACCGUACGGCUUUUCUUACUAAGUACAAAAGAACUACUCAAAAUAAAGAACUUGCUUUUAAGGUACCAUCGGUACUGAACGCGACACCUUGUAUAAUAUCUUUGCAAUAACUGUAUGGUUCGUAAUAAACGAUUCUAAUUUCAA